AUAGUAUUGUAGUGACAGAAUCCAAUGGUUUAAUAAAUGCUCACUCCACUAGCAAUCACAGGAACCAAAAGGCUUCAUUUGGGGUAGACUCGCCCAAGUCAUCGAUCAACAACUGGAAGUCAUUUAAAAAUCAUGAAUCAAUGGAUAAUUUUCACCUUCUUGUGGACAUUAGCCAGCAGUGCUAAGAUUUACAAAAACGUGGCCCUUCAAGGCCGUGCAACACAGUCUACAAAUCAUGCAACUUUAAGCACAGCAACAAAUGCCAUUGAUGGAAAUUUGGACUCGGACUAUUUGCAUGGUUCCUGCUUCUCCAGCAAAAGCCAAAUGUCACCUUGGUGGAGGGUGGAUUUAUUGACAAGCCAUAAAAUAUCCCAUAUAAUAAUCAGUAGAGGAGACUGCUGUCCAGACUAUCUAAAUGGAGCAGAAAUCCUUAUUGGAGACUCUCUGGCCAAUAAUGGAAAUAGCAAUUCGAGAUGUGCUCAGAUUUCAUCAAUUCCACAGGGUGCUACUCAAACCUUCCACUGCUUCGAUAUGAAGGGCCAGUACGUAAAUGUCGUCCUACCUGGAAAAGCAGGAUAUAUGACAUUUUGUGAAAUUGAGAUCUACGGAGUACCUGUGAUUAAUGAUGAAUGCUGUGGCUGCACUAAAAUAUGUCCCAAUAAUAACGAUUAAGCAUGCUGAUAAAUAAACAGUAUACCUUGCAAACAA